AUGAAAUAAGUUAAAAUGCUUGAAUCUUAGAACAUUAAACUUAUUGAAUAGAAUUACAAUGAUUUGGUAAAAUGGAAAUCAAAAAACAAGAUUUUAAUGUAUAUAUAUAAACUUUAAAUAUAAUCAAAUUUUAUCAUUAUGAAUUAAAUUGAAUCUAAACUUACUGAAAAUGAAGAAUUAACAAAAUAACUAAUUAAUAAAUCAAUCUAAUCUUCUGAUCAUUAAUCAUAGUUAUAUCAAUUUACUUCAAUUUAAUACUUAUAAUGA